AUGUCUAAAGUCUCUUUUUCCGCCAGACGGUUUCUCCGCAUCUCCACGGCGCCCGACUUUGUGCCGCCGUUCGUGCCGCUCGUCGCCCCGACGUUUUCUGCCGCCAUAGGCAACACGCCGCUUCUCAAGCUCCCGACGCUUUCCUCCGAAGUCGGCAGAAACAUCUGGGUCAAGGCCGAGUACAUGAACCCGGGCGGGCUGAUCAAGGACCGGGCGGCCAAGUUCAUCUUGGACGACGCCGAGCGCCGCGGCCUCAUCAAGCCUGGCGGCACUGUGGUCGAAGGCACCGCCGGAAACACCGGAAUCGGCUUGGCCCACGUCUGUCGUCUGAGAGGGUACAAGUGCGUGAUCUACAUGCCCAACACGCAGGCGCAGAGCAAGAUGGACACGCUCCGGCUCUUGGGCGCCGAGGUGCACGCGGUGCCGGCUGUGGCGUACGACAACCCGGCCAACUACAACCACCAGGCCAAGCGGCACGCCGAUGCGUUGGAAAACGCCGUGUGGACCAACCAGUUUGACAACCUUGCUAACCGCCAGGCACACAUCGAGACCACGGGGCCCGAGAUCUGGGCGCAGCUCGACGGCAAGGUCGACGCGUGGACAUGUUCCACGGGAACAGGCGGAACGUUUGCCGGCGUGACCCGCUACUUGAAGAGCAUGCGCAGCGACGUCAAGUGCGUCUUGGCGGACCCUCCAGGCUCGGUUUUGUACUCGCACUUCAAGUCGGGCGGCAAGGACGUCGUCCGCGGCGGCUCUUCUUUCACCGAAGGAAUCGGCCAGGGCCGUGUGACCGCCAACUUGGGCGCCGACUACGACUUGAUUGACGACGCCAUCCAGAUGCCGGACGAGACGUCCAUCGCCAUGUUGUUCCGCUUGAUCGACGCCGAGGGCAUUUUUGUCGGCGGCACCAGCGCCUUGAACGUGGCUGCGGCGCUUGAGGUGGCCAAGACGCUUCCCUCGGGCAGCAACGUGGUCACGGUGUUGGCCGACAGCGCCCACAAGUACAGCGACCGUCUUUUUUCGCAGAAGUGGCUCCGCCAGAAAGGCUUGUGGGACGCCAUUCCGGAGGACUUGAGACGGUAUGCGGCGCUCGAGUAA